UUUUCACAAAAAGCUGCAGAAUGAUUGAACAACAAAAGCAACGGAUCGAAAUGGAGAUCACCAGACAGCUAGACGAUCUUGACAAAAAUGUGCUUCGGAAAAUGCAAGCGGAUAUGCACAACUGUGCGGCUAGAUGCUGCAAUGAUAUGGACUCCUCAAUGGACACUGUGCAACAAUGCGUUGAACGGUGUUCCGUACCUGCUCAACGUGCGCAACAGCACGUGGAAUCAGAAAUAAAUUCCUUCAACAAUCGUCUUCAACGCUGCGUCAUGGAUUGUAAUGAUACAAUUAAAGAUAAGAUGGGAUCAAAUCCUUCAGAGAGCGAUAUAGCGAAAUAUACUGCAGAAUUUGAAAGGUGCGCGAUCAAAUGUGUUGAUAAGCACGUUGCCAUACUUCCAAACAUGUUCUCUACUAUGCGUAAAGUGCUGCAAAGUCGAUCGUCAUCAUAAACGUAAACCUCCAUAAAGAUCUUUAUACCAGCUGCGCAUUUUUACAAUCGAGUCAUUGCAUGGUAAAGCAAUAUUGGUAUAGCAUCUCACGUUGUUAGCAUUUGUAUAGAAAUUUCAACGUA